AUGGCCCCUCCGGGCCCGGCCGGUGCCCACUCCGCCUCGGCCGAGCCGCUGUCCCGCAGCAUCUUCCGGAAGUUCUUGCUGAUGCUCUGCUCCCUGCUCACGUCCCUCUACGUCUUCUACUGUCUGGCCGAGCGCUGCCAGACCCUGUCGGGCCCCGUCGUGGGGCUGUCGGGCGGCGACGAGGAGGCGGGGGCUCCGGGUCGCGGCGUCCUGGCCGGAGGCCCGAGGGAGAUGGCGGUGUGGCCCGCGGAGGGGCAGAGAAAGCGCCUCUUGCAACUGCGGCAGUGGCGGAGGCGUCGGCGACCCCCGGGGCGCGACGGCGGCGAGGAAGCAGCCUGGGAAGAGGAGACCCCCAGCCUGGCCGGUGGCCCCGGUGGCUCCGGGGCCGGGAGCAGCGUGGCCGAGGCCCCGCCAGGGACCCUGGAGCUGCUGCUGGACGAAGGCAGCAAGCAGCUGCCGCAGGCCAUCAUCAUCGGCGUGAAGAAGGGCGGCACGCGGGCGCUGCUGGAGUUCCUGCGCGUGCACCCCGACGUGCGCGCUGUGGGCGCCGAGCCCCACUUCUUCGACCGCAGCUACGACAAGGGCCUCGCCUGGUACCGGGACCUGAUGCCACGAACCCUGGACGGGCAGAUCACCAUGGAGAAGACGCCCAGUUACUUCGUCACCCGGGAGGCCCCCGCGCGCAUCUCGGCCAUGUCCAAGGACACCAAGCUCAUCGUGGUGGUGCGGGACCCGGUGACCAGGGCCAUCUCGGACUACACGCAGACGCUCUCCAAGCGGCCCGACAUCCCCACCUUCGAGAGCUUGACGUUCAAAAACAGAACCGCGGGCCUCAUCGACACGUCGUGGAGCGCCAUCCAGAUCGGCAUCUACGCCAAGCACCUGGAGCACUGGCUUCGCCACUUCCCCAUCGGCCAGAUGCUCUUCGUGAGCGGGGAGCGGCUCAUCAGCGACCCGGCCGGCGAGCUGGGCCGCGUGCAGGACUUCCUGGGCCUCAAGAGGAUCAUCACCGACAAGCACUUCUACUUCAACAAGACCAAGGGCUUCCCCUGCCUGAAGAAGGCCGAGGGCAGCAGCAAACCCCACUGCCUGGGCAAGACCAAGGGCCGGACCCACCCCGAGAUCGACCGCGAGGUGGUGCAGAGACUGCGCGACUUCUACCGGCCCUUCAACCUCAAGUUCUACCAGAUGACCGGGCACGACUUUGGCUGGGAUGGAUAACAAUAUAAUUUAAAAAGAAAAAAAAAUCAAAUAUAAUAUAUUUUUUUACCAAUCGGUAGAGAAAAGGCAGUUUAAUAUUUGUGCUGAAAAUAUUUCUUUUGGUAGUUUUUUUCAAUGAAUGUUAAGAGAAUGUUCUCACCUCUCCAUCUUCACGUUUAACUUACACCAAACAUUUGGAUAAACAAGAAAGGAAACCUUUACUCAUCUAAAUACUUUCAACUUUUAGUUUCUGUUUUAUACACAUACCUAUAAAGUAAGAGCAUCAACUGCCAUUAAAACUUUUAAGAGAACUCCGAGAGUAAACCAAUCUCUCUCUCUGGCUUACAAGGCCCAGAUAGAAUUGAUAUCUAGCCUGUGUAUUGCUCCCUUUAGUUCUUUUCCUGUGCCACUUUUUCUUAAACUGUUUCCCAGUUAAUAAUACUGUAUGGUUUCACACCACUUCAAUUAUCACAGUGCUUUCAAAUAAACAUGUUUUGAUCCUUAUACUACUGUGUGUGCAAGAACAUAGUGCAUAGAGAUUAUAAUCCCAUUUUACAGGUAAGGAAACUUGAGUCUCAGGGAGGUUAAAUAACUUGUCUUAGGGCCAGAGGGUGUAUCCUGGACAAAACCCCAUCUUUUACUUGUUCUUUAUUUCAUGCCACUUUUUCCAGGACAAUUCAAAAUAAGACAUCUAUACCUUUAAAAACAGUUAGCGAGGUUGGAAGUGAUCUAGAUGGGACGCACCGUAUUUGUUCUUUUGGAGCACUUGCCUAUUUGUUCUUUUGACCUGGCUGUCCUAUUUGUUAAUGAAGAAAAAGCUGUUUCUAUAAGAGCUUACAAAUAUGAACCUCAUUUUUAUUUAUCUGUUUUCUUUAGAAAGAAAAUCAGCUUCUGUCUGUAAUAUUUAAUUUCUAACCUUGGAGCUAGUACUAACAAUGUAUCAACAAACAUCUUUUACAGUGCCCUUUUGUUCGUGGGUGGAGGACUGUCAUUUUGACACUUUAUUUUCCCCCAUUUCCUGUUGAUACCUAUUAUAACCUAAUAUUCAUUAAUUAAGAAAUAUCCUUAGAAAUGCAGAUAGGGAUAAAAAUGGUGGUGUCUCCUAUUUUCCCAUCUGUUCCUGCCCAUCCCCCAUUUAAAGAGCUCAAAUAAAUCAAUUGUUUAUUAAAAGGGUUCCUUUCCUCUCCGAGCGGGCAUUAACAAGAUUAGCAUUAAUGGGAAUUAAAUUGGUUUAGAGAGGAGCACAUAUGCACAAAAUAUUAAAAAACAUGUAUAAUUAGCCUGUCAUCAACAUUUUAUUACAGGUUUAAACCAAGAGGAAAAUGUCUCCUAUCUCGUGGAACGUUUCUAUAUCCACCAAAAUGUAAAGAACCAAACACUCAAGUCUUCUAAAUAGUGCUCUUUUUCUUCUCCAGUGUUGUGAAUCAAAAGAAGCGAAAUUUAUUUGAAACACGUGGUAGAAUGUUACCUUUGCCACCGAGGCUGCAUCGGUGAAAUAAAUAUUUCUUGAGAAGCCUAACGCAGGAUUGAAAGGAAGGAAAAAAAUCAUUUCAAUUUCUAGAUAUUCCAUCAUUGCUCCAAAUUGUUGGUUCUAUGUAUUAGUUCCCACCUUCCGGGGUUAAGUAAACCCCAAAUCCAGGUCCCCUUUCCCAGCGGAUUUCCUUCCCUUCUGUGCCCUCAAUUUUCCAGGGUCACAACCUGUUUUUGUUCUGCUAGAUUGUCACUACCAGCAACAAGAUACUCAUUUUGAACUCUUUUUAUCUUUUUUUCUUAACUCAUUUUGUUUAUGCUUCUGAUUCUUUUAUAAGCAUUUGUUUGACAUUAUGCAAA